AGACUUACUGAUGAAUACACGCCGUGAAUAAACACUGAAGAAUAAGAGCAGGAGCAAAACACGGAAGAAUGUUAAGUUAGCUAAGGUGCUAGCUAACAGGAAUAAUUUAGGCUGAUAACCCUAACAAUUUUAUGUGAACGAGGCGUUUCUGUCUGAUAUCUGCAACGGAGAUUUAAGAUUUAAAGGGCGUUUUUGUAAAUAAUACAGAAACUACUAUUUUAGCGUACAAUGUUUAGCAAAUCCUAUCAGCUGCUCCCUCAGAGGGACUCAAUAAGUCCGAGGACUCCUGGUUUGUUUGUGGACUCUGAUGGCUUCACACAGCGUGGAUACCACAAAGGACUCUCCUUUGAUAACAUGCCAAAGGUUUCUGAGGAUGACUUCUCAGACUCCUCCCAGGGAUGGCUGUCUUGGAUUUGCAACCUUAUAGUCAUCUUCCUCAUCUACAUCUGCACCUUUAUAACAUUUCCCAUUACAGGAUGGUUCGUAUUAAAAACAGUGCCUAACUACCAGAGGAUCGUUGUGUUUCGUUUGGGUCGAGUGUGCCGUCCUAAGGGACCUGGUAUUGUCCUUGUGCUGCCGCUCGUUGACCAGUGGCAGAGAGUUGACUUGCGCACAAGAGCAUUCAACAUCCCCCCAUGCCAGGUAGAUACUCGGGAUGGCGGUUUGCUGUCAGUGGGAGCAGACAUCCAGUUCAGGAUCUGGAACCCUGUCAUGUCAGUAAUAUCAGUCCAGGACCUGAACGCCUCAACAAGAAUGGCAGCACAGAAUGCUUUGACUUACAGCCUGGCCAAGAAGAGCAUCAGAGAGAUCCAAACUGAGAGAGUAAAACUGGGAGAAUAUCUUGUGAUGGACAUUAAUGAGCUGACUCGGCACUGGGGACUGGAGGUGGACAGGGUAGAGCUUACCCUGGGCACUCUAAUAAAAGCACCAGAGGAGAGUCCCUCUGCACCCUUCAUUAUGCCUCCAUCUGUGCCUGGAUUGGAAGGCCUCGCUGGCCCCAUUCAGCAGCUGGCUAUGCACUUUCUGGGCCAGGCUGGCAUUUCACAGCCUAAACAAGAGGACAGCAUAGCUUUCACAGAUGAGCUCUGCAGACCUCUGGAGGCCGCUGUGGUCACAUCAGAUUCAGUUGAAGAGCUGCUUGGUGGGGUGAGACUCCUGCUCUCUGAAGCUUUGGUCCAGCAGGUCGGGGCCUGCUUCCAGUUUGACAUCAGCUCAGAAGAUGGACAGCAUCGCAGUUACUAUGUGGACUUAAGCCAAGGUAGUGGUGCAGCAGGAGCAGGAUCCAUGUGCAGAGAACCAGAUGUGACUCUGAGUAUGAGUGACAGCGACCUUCUGGCCAUGUUCCAGGGCGAGCUGCGACCAUUUGCUGCUUACACGAGUGGCAGACUGAAAAUCCAGGGAGACAUUAAGACUGCCAUGAAGCUGGAGGAACUCAUAAAGCUACUGAAGAGAUAAUUUUUAAAACAGCUUUUGUAAAAACUAUUUAUUCAACCUUUUAACCUUGAAUUGUAAAAUAAUACUUUUCAUGUAUACACUGUGUAAAAGAAUAAUAUUAAAGGUCUUGUUCCAUGA